UAAGCCUGGACGAAAGCCAUGUUGUUUGCUAAAGAAAAAAGAAUUUCUGUCGAGGUGGGAAGCUAUUUGGGAAUAAAUGACGUGUUCUAAAAGUUUACAGGCAAUACAUGUAAGUGAGAUCGGGCGAUAGUUGGAUGGGUCGGAGCGCUUACCAGAUUUAAAAACGGGGGUUUCGCAACCUACACGGAGACCAGUGUGUUUGAAUCAAUCAAACCUUCGUCUUUCAGCGUUAACAGAAAGAAAGGAAAUAAGAUGAAUGGCGAUCAAAUAUUGUUCUUCUUUCAGUUCAAUAAAUUCGCUAUAGCGAAAUUAUCAUUCUCGUUUUUCUUUCGCUGUCUUUUUUUCGUUACGUUUUACAAGCAUAUCUUACCGGAGCAGUGCGACGUCGUUUGUCUAAUUUUUUUUUUUUUUUCAGCAUCAACCAACUGGCUGCUCCCGUACCGCAAGGAGGGCCGGCAGGCCCCCAGAUUUCCAACCCGGCCCAAAGCAGCAACGCCUGCAUAUACGUGUGCGGCGGCCUCUGCUGUUGCUGUUGCUGCAUCGUUGUGAUUGGUUACAUGGCGUUAGCUGCGGUUGGCUAUAAUGUGGCCACGGCCAUUCUUAAAAAGCUGGAACCUGAGAAGUACGAGUUCGACGGGUGGGCGACGGUGUCCGACGUCCACGAGUGUUCGUCGGUGGUAAGGGAUGUGUUCUCGAGUGGCGGCAACAUCGCUGACGCCGCUGUCUCCGCACUUCUCUGCAUGGGUGUCGCGGCACCGCACCUGGUGGGGCUCGGCGGUGGAUUCCUGGCGCUGUACUACGACGACGAACGUGAUAACAUCGAGGCUUUGAACGCCCUGGGAAUCUCGCCGGCUAACGUGGCCAACGUGGACGAGAAAGCGGCGAAACGGGGAGCGAAGGCAUCGAUUGUGCCCGGAGCGUUGCGGGGUUACCAGGAACUUCACAAAAGGCUCAGCGGAACCAUGAAGUGGGAGGAUCUCUUCCGCCCCGCGAUAAAGUUGGCCAAGGAAGGCUUUCCUAUCAAGAAACACUACGCCGACGUCCUGGCAAAGCAUCAAAAUGAAACAUCGGCCACUGACAUCAAUUCCAUCUUCAACAGCGUCCACAAGGCAGAUGACAAGCUUGUGCAGCUGGAAAUGGCACAACUGCUGGAGGAGCUUUCAAAGAGAGGCGCGGAUUAUUUCUACACUGAAGUUGCCAAAAAAAUUAUUGAUGGCCUGGGACCAGAAGCCUUAUUGACCAUGGAUGACUUCAAAAAUUACACGCCUGUCUGGUACCCGCCAGUGACGAAAAAACUUGGCACCGCCACGCUUUACGCCCCGCCGUUCCCUUCCAGCGGUGUGCUGCUUCUCGAAGCGAUCCCGAUGCGAGUGCUCGAACGCUCAAAAGACAUUAGGCCAACAGAGGACAUGACUUCGGAGGAUGAAAAAUUGAUCAAGAGAGCGCAGGACGAACUAAGCAGCGUGCUCGCCAAGUUACCGGAGCUGGGCGGAGAAGCAGCCAAGAAGGGCUUUCCGGAACUGGUGGAGGAAAUAAGAAGCAGCAUUACCGCUGGAAAAAUGGCCACCCAAUCUAAUCAUACGAUCGUCGAAGACUACGGCGGCGUCCACCUGUCCAUAACGAAGGAUUUCAAAGCCGUCACCAUCAUAUCCGGCAUCAACGAACCGUAA